AAAUGAAAUAAUCUGAUUUCUCACUUACAUAAGGCAUUCUGUGCAAAGAGAGCUUUCUGCAGAGUCCUUAGAAGAAAAACAGCCUUAGGGUAAACGUUCACACUAAUAGUCGUCCUCGCUUUUACAUAAGUUCCGUUGUAAACUGGUAGCAAGUCUUCGGCCGGGCAAAAGCGGUGUCUGAAAAAUGCAAGUAUGAAGAAAGAGAUUAUUGUGCGGUCUGUUUCAAAAAGAAGUCGAUUGGUGGCUUGGUGGUAUAGAUAUAUCAUCUGCAUUCGCGCACUUCUUGCUCGAUGUGAAGUUUUCUUUGAGAUUAUUGGGAAAAAGGUUGCCACAAACCCGAAGAAAACUGUCCUUAUAGCCCUGAUAGGAGUAGCAUUAUCCACGACUGGUUUACUGCGCAUGCGACAUGAGAAGAGGUCAUCAAUAUUGUUUGUACCUGAGAAUUCUGAAGCUGAACAAGCCUUGAAGAUAGGGAGUCGUUUUUUCUCUAACACCUUUAAUACGAGAACUGAAGAGUUGCUCAUUAUCCCUAAAAAUGGAAGCAAUGUCUUUGAUAUAGCCAGUGUGCAGGAGGCUCUUGAAGUUUUGAAAAUAGCUGAAAACAUAACUGGGUAUGAGGAUAUUUGCAGAUUAAGUCCGGGCUAUUUAAAAAAAGCGCCUAGACUUUAUAAAAGAGGCAAAAACUGUGCACAGAUGAACCCUCUGGAAAUAGUGUCAGGGCGGGAGAAAAACGUUCAAGUCUUAUAUAGAAAGUUCAAAAGAGCUCUGCAGUCAACGAGUGUCUUAAUGUCCAAUGGAAGGGCUGCAAUAUUUAACUUGAAAGAUGGCUUUGUGGAUUUCAAAUUGGAUGACAAGAAACAGAUCCCACUGGCAAAAGCACUUAAAAUACAGAUAUUUUUGAAGCAAGCAGUCAACAGUACUGAAUUUCGGAAGAUUUUGAAUUGGGAAUCGGAAUUUGUCACAAGAAUGAAAUCAGUCAAAGAGAACCUUAAGCACAUUAAAAUAUUUUUCUCAGCUGAGAAAAGUUUGGAUGACGCAAUAUCUGAAAGCUCAAACCGUGACAUCUCACUUGUUAGCAUUACGUUCACAGUCAUGAUUACCUUUUCAUGCCUAAUGUUGACAAAGUUCAUAAACCCUGUACGUGGUCAUACUUGGCUUUCUGUUGCUGGUGUGCUGAGUACUGGACUUGGCAUUUUGGCUGGUAUAAGUAUCACCACUGGCCUAGGCAUCCCAUUCAUCAAUCUCGUUGGAGUAGUACCAUUUUUGGUAGUUAGCAUUGGCAUCGACGAUAUGUUUAUUAUUGUCGACGAGUUUGAUAGACAGGCGAAAAGCCAUAUUCCGGAAAACCGCAUUGCCUUUGCUCUGUCAAAAGUCGGUGCAACGGUAACAAUGACAACUGUUACUGAUGUGGUCGCAUUUUUUAUAAGUGCCACUAGCUCCUUCCCAGCCAUUCGAUACUUUUGCAUCUACACUGCAAUAAGCAUUAAUGUUGAGUUUUUACUGCAAAUCACUUUGUUUGUUGCCCUUUUGACAUUCGAUGCCAAGCGAAUCUUUGCAAACAGAAACGACUGCUGCCCUAGCGUACAUGUUCAAGAUCGCACAUGCUGUAGAUUACCAAAUGACUUCUCCUUUGCGCACAAAUUCAUGAAAACAUAUGGCAAAUAUUUACUUUCCAUUUUUGGCAAAACAUUUGUUAUAAUAUCGACCAUAGGACUGCUGGCAUUCGGUAUAUACGGAUGUUUUAAUGUAAACAAUGAAUUCAAUCGAAAAAGCUUAGCUGUGAAAGGAACGUAUUAUUCGGAAUACAUCACAACAUUUGAGAGCAAAUUCCCACAGACAAUUCCAGUCAGCAUACAGUUGAAUAGGAAGGUGAACUACUCUGACAUUGCUGUACGUAAACAGGUAUCAGACCUAGCGAACAUUGCUUAUAAUACUGGCUAUUACUUAAAGCAAAAUUUUACCUGGAUUCACUAUUUUGAUGACUUUGUCAACAGGUUCGGAAUAAAUGUUAACAACAAGAAUUUCAAUCAACAUUUAAAACUAUUUCUUUCCCUGCCAGUUUACAGCCAGCAUAACCUCGAUAUCAUUCUUGAUAGCAGUAACGAAAUUAUCGCCAGUCGAGUUAUUGUGUUUUUGAAAGACAACUCUAAGUCCACGUUUCAAAAGGAUGCCAUGUUGACUCUUCGCCAAGACCUGAAAAAGUACAGUCAGUUAGAGUGUACGGUUGCUUCUGACCCAUUCCUCUACUUUGAACAGUAUGCAGCAGUCAUAAAGGAAGUGACAAGCAACCUGGUUGCAGUGUCCACUGUUAUAACAAUCAUACUAAUUCCAUUCUGUUUGCACCCAGUGAUCAUUAUUCUGGUCAACCUUGGUUUCACUGCACUGAUAGUCGAGAUAUUUGGUCUCAUGUACUUUUGGGACAUACAGUUGAACGCGAUAUCUAUGAUCAACAUUGUCAUGUCUGUAGGCUUUGCUGUCGAUUAUAGUGCUCACAUCGCCCAUGCGUUUGCUACAUCAACAAGGAAAAACGUUAAUGAACGCAUUAUUGAUGCCCUUUCCACUGUUGGAGGAAGUGUGUUACUGGGUGGAGUGAGCACAUUUCUUGGUAUGUCCCUGACAGGGCUUGCUUCGUCGACCAUUUUCCAGAUUUUCUUUAAAAUGUUUCUUGGAAUCAUUUUAUUUGGUCUCUUCAACGGGAUAGCUGUUCUUCCAGUGAUGCUGUCAAUUUGUGCACCGUUUUUGAACCGUGAAGAAAAACUCUCACCUGGGGAUGUUGAAAAUGUGCUACACUUUAAAAAGUCCUCCAAACAACAAAAUGCUGCUUUGAAACUGAACAAAAAAAUCAACAAGAGGCAGUUUUCAAUAUCUGUUACCGGUAUGUCGACGAGAUUUCCUACAGCUAGAUGCAAUUCUGAAUUUCAAAGAAUGUUACAGGAUGGUACUAGCACAUUGGGGAAAUAUCCUUCAGACAGGCACGCAAGGGACAAGUAUUUUGAGAGUGUUUUCAACCCUACCAGACCUGUUGCUGGAAGAGCAUAUGUAUCAGAUGGCUCGUACCUUGAAAAUAUCCAGAGGUUUGACCACCAAUUUUUUGGAAUCUCAGCAACGGAAGCAAGGAGCAUGGAUCCACAGCAGAGAAUGUUGUUGCAGGGAGUCUAUGAGGCUAUUGAAGAUGCUGGUCUAACUCUUGAGGAGCUGCAGCAAUGUAUAACUGGAGUCUAUGUUGGUAUAAUGAAUCUUGACUAUAGCUCUGUCGUCCUCAAGGAUGACACCAUACUAUCGCUUGAUCAGUUUGCGAGUACUGGAACGGCUUUUUCCAUUGCUGCAAACAGAAUUUCAUUUUCACUCAACUUAACAGGACCGAGCAUUGCUAUAGAUACAGCCUGUUCUUCGUCAUUAACUGCUCUAAGCGUUGCCUGCGAUCACCUAGAACGACGCUGCGUAGAUGUUGCAAUUGUAGCUGCUGCUAAUUUAGUUUUAUGUCCGCGAAAACAAAUAACAAUUUGCAGGACAAAUAUGCUGGCACCUGAUGGCAAAUGUAAGGUGUUCGACGAAAGGGCAAAUGGGUACGGUAGAGGAGAAGGCGUCGUUGCAUUUGUCUUAAAAGCAAGCGACCUUGUCAGUUGCAGAGAUCAGCCUUACUGUGAUAUUCUUGCCUGGGGAGUGAAUAACGAUGGACAGACCGCCGCACCCAUUACUGCACCUAGUGUGGAAACACAGCGAGAUCUAAUGAAGGAAGUAUUGCAACAAUCUGUUGUUGAUCCGCAGGAUGUACAAUAUGUUGAAAUGCACGGAACCGGGACAAUAAUUGGUGACAUGGUUGAAACAAAAUCAGUUGGUGAUGUUUAUGGCAAAACAAGGAAACCAAAUAACCCAGUGAAGAUAGGAAGUGUGAAGUCAAACAUAAAUCACACAGAAUCAGCAGCUGGUUUGGCCGGACUUGCCAAAGUUUGCAUCAUGAUGAAAACUGAAAAGAUUUUGCCUACUGUUGGAAUCGAAAACCAAGCAGUGAGACUAGAUAUUGAAGAAAAAAAUCUUGUGGUUACAACUAAGACUUGUGAUUGGCCAGAUUCGAGCAGUAAACCCAAAGUUGCAGCCAUAAAUUCUUUCGGAUAUGGUGGAAGUAAUGCUCAUUUGAUUGUGCGAGAAGCUGAUACAAAAAAUGAACAUAGCGUGAAUGUUAAGAAGAUAUCGCACCACUGUAAAGGGUCCAUGAAGGUUUUCGUUAUUUCAGCAAGGUCCCAAGCAGCCUUGAUCGAUUCAGCAGUAUCAUUUAGUGACUGGCUUCUUACACUGGAAGACAACGAUGAAAAUAUUUCUAAUGUCUGUUACACACUAUGUGAGCGACGCUCCAAUCACAACGCUCGACUAGCGAUAGCAGCUGCGAAUUUGAAAGAAGCAAGAGAAUUGUUGACCAGGUUCUCCGUCAAUCCUAAAGACAAAAUCACAGGCAUAACCGCUGGAAAGACCUCAAAACACUGCACUUCUGUUGCUUUCGUGUUUGGUGGGCAAGGAUCUCAAUGGCUUGGGAUGGCAGGUGACAUUCUAUCCAACCCUACAAUGUUUAAGGAAAUUAAAAGGAUUGACAAACGAUCAAGAAAAAGAGGACAUAAAGGAUCUUUGUUGGCAUAUCUGAAAGGAGAAGAUGACAAGUGUAAAGAGGACUGUCUUGUCACGGUGCAACUGUCAAUCUUUGCUCUGCAAUAUGCAGUCGCCAAGUUCUUGAAAACGAGUGCCUCGAUCAUCCCAACAGCUGUAGGGGGUCAUAGCUUAGGGGACAUUACAGCUGCCUGUGUAGCUGGCAUAAUAAAAGUGAAGAAGGCAGUUGACGUCAUUAUGGCUAGAGCAUCGUUGCAAGACGAGUGUAAAUCACUUGGAGCAAUGGCAGCUAUAGGGUUGACCACAAAAGAGGUUGAGGCAAUUCUUGAACAAUUGUCCCUAAAGCAGCAAAUCUGCAUAGCGGCUGUGAAUGAUAAGGCAAGCGUAACGAUAUCUGGAGAUAAAGAGGCAAUCGAGAAAGUGGAAGAAUAUAUCAAUUCAGAGAACAAGAGCAUAUUCUGGAGGAAACUUGCAACUCACAAGGCAUUUCACAGCCACCACAUGGAUUCAAUCGAGGACAUGUUCAAAGAGAGAAUAAAGAAAGCAAACAUCAAGCCAAAGCGAUCGCAAACCGUAUUUGUCUCUACAACCGAGGGGCGAAGGGUCGAGGCCAACGAAAUCGAUGAUGAUUACUGGUGGAGGAACUUAAGAAACCCUGUACUUUUUAACCAAUGCGUGAAGAAAAUGCUAGAAGAUGGCAUCUCUGUUUUCAUUGAAAUAAGCCCAAGGCCUGUUUUGUCCCAUUACAUCAAAGCAAUAGCAAAUCAAUUGGAAUCUGACAAUAUUUCUAUCAUACAGGCACUGCCGAAAAAGGGAGAGGAGAAAAGAUUACAACAUUUGUAUGCACAAACAAUUGGCCAGAUGUACACAUUAGGAUAUGAUGUAUCUUUCAAUCUGCUUCAAGACCAAAGGCAAGGAAAGUUUAUUCGAUUUCCUAACUACCCGUGGCAGGAGGUCGAUCUCUGGGUAAAAGACGAAUUUCUUAUACCAAAGCUUUCAAUGAACAUGCUUGGUGUCUCUGAAAUCGUAACAUCAGAGAAAUGCACGUGGAAAAAUGAGAUAGAUUUAUUUAACUAUAAAUAUCUCAAUGAUCACAAGAUGAAGUCAGCAGGAGUAAUAAUGCCUGGUGCCUGUUACAUAGAGAUGGCCCUGGAAGCAUCAACAAUCAGCAACAAAACUGGGCCAGUAGUUUUGAAGGAUGUUAUAUUCCAAAAUAUCCUGCCCUUAAAUGAACACAUUGUCAGGAAAGUAAAGUGUGUAAAAAGCAAGCUAACAUGCGACGACCUCCACGACUUCAGUGUUUUUAAUUUCACUGAGCAAGGAGAUAUGCCACUUGCAAGAGCUACCUUGGUUUCAAUUUACCAAAAAGCAGAUGAGAAUGCUAUGUCAAUAGCAGAAGCAAUGGAUGAGUUAAAAACUUCAAUAGAAACGAUCUCUGAAACCGACUCUGGUGUGUCGAUUCGAAUGCAAUCUCAAACGGAAAUUCAAGACAGCGACCUUGAAACCAGUAUUGAUGACCAUUCUGAGCCAAGUGUCCCGGAAAUAGUAGCAAACCCCGAAGACAUAGUCAUCAUGUCUAAGUUGAAUUUUGGACCUGAUUAUGAGGUGCUUAGCUCAGAGCAGUUCAAAGACCUUGCAUUGCAAACUGGGUUUGAUUUUGGUGAAACGUUUAGCCUUAUCGAGAAGGCGUGGUCAGCUGACAGCAAAGCAUUAGUCAGACUGAAACUGCCGCCUGUGUUGAUAAAGGACCUUGAUAAGUCCGUUGUGUGUCCCUGCAUAAUAGAUGCUUGUCUGCAGGCCUGCAUAGCGAUUGGCUCAAAAGACCAGACUCGUCAAGUUAUUCCUAUUGGUGUCAAAACAGUUCGCUUGAAUUCUGUGUCGCGAAAAUUUAGAGAUCUGUAUGGGUUUGCAGAGAUUGAUGGCACAACACCUGACAGUUGUAAUGUCAAAUUAAUGAAUAGCUACGGACAAGAAAUACUUAUUCUGAAUGGAUUCCAGGUGAAAGAGCUUUCAAGACCACAGAGACGCCCGAUAAUGGAAAGCAGUCUUUAUGAAAUGAACUGGAUCCCAGCAGAGGAUUCUCAAAAAUCUGACAAUCUUGGAGAAUAUGACGAAUUUCUGAUUCUUGGUUUCAAGGAUUGCUGUCUUACGAAGAAAACCAUCGAAUGCCUAACAGAAUCUGGUGUUAAAAGUGAACACAUUUUGUUCAACGAAAUAAAAGGGGGAGACAUGGUAUUGAGUUUUGCGAAGGAGUUCCAGGAACGACUAGAAAAAGGAAGUGAUGUCAAAAAACGUGUAAUGGUGAUCAACCUUCUUCCCUCGUUUGCACACAGCUUAUCCUUGGGUGAAGAUUUAGCCCUCACUGCACAGUGGCUGUGCUUUGAAUCAACUCUGAUGAUUCUAAAAAUACUUCAUGAAUCUCAAUUAUCCAACAGCAAAAUUGUUGUCUUUUGCUGUCAAUCUUUUGGGACCAACAUUACUGAUAAGGAGGAUUAUUCUCUUCCAUGGGGGUCAACUUCCCUCGGCCUAGCUAGAGUCACCAACAUAGAGACAGAUAUUCCUGUUAUUCCAAUCGAUUUGAAGAAAAACCCUUCAAAAGAAGAUAUCAAAGCCGCAUUAUCCUCUGUCCAAUUGCGAUCAGUAGAGGAAGGCCUUGUUGUAUCGCCAUCAACAAUGUACCAGCCAAUUCUGCAAAGAGUAGAUCCAGCAAAGGCUUCAGUGGAUGGACAGCUUAAAGAAGUGUCUGGAAUCAGCAAUUUUUAUGUAUCCUGGUCUGCAAAAAAAGAAUCCUUCUGCGUAAAAAGUGAUUUGCCAAGGUUGAAUAUAAGACCAGAUGGCACAGUAUUGAUAGACAUCCAUUACAUCUCGUCACCUACUGGAACUUCAAAGCACCUUCUAAAGAAUGUACGAAUGACAGAAUCCAAACAUUUGCUACAAUGUGCUUUUGGCAUUGUUAUCGACGUAGCAGAGAACGAUGUUGGAUUGCAGCCCGGUGAUGAAGUCAUUGCAGUGUACAACAGCAAGUGGCUCAAAGAUCGAGUCCGACUCCCAGCAGAACAGGUUUUCAAGAAACCUCGGUCGUUGCCUAAUGAGGAGGCUUCAAUCCUGCCUGGGCUAUUCGCAUUGGCUGAUAAAAUCAUGUCGAAAGUGUUGAAGACCGGAGAAGGCAUAACCAAUAUAUUUAUUGCUGGCAAUGAUUCUGUGAGAGGCUUGACCUGGGCUCUUGCUUCGGUGGCGUCUUCUAAAGAUUUGGAGGUUUCAUGGGAAGAUAACUCUAAUGACAAUUCGAAGCAUCGGCUGUUAAAAGAUAUCUCCAAUGAAUAUCUGAAAGCAAAUAGGAUACAUAGCAAACUAUUUGAUUGUGUAAUCUGCCCCUGUGAUCUCCACCCGGUUGAUCGUGAAGCUUUGAUAAGUGCAACCAGGAAAGAUGGAGUUUUUGUUUUUCUGGAUAAUGAAUUCACUCCAUCAACAAACCAAUAUGACGUCGGCCGAUCAAUAACAGUACUGAACAUCAAAUUACUUGACGUCUCACUUUCUCACGCACUCCUUUCAACGUCAAUCGCUAAAUUGGCAGAAACGCAUAGUCAGAGUAUUCUAAACUCAAUGCCAGAUUCCGAAUCCUACACUCUCGCAGAGAUUUGCAGCUCAAAAAGCUUUGUUGAAGAGUCAGCUGUACUAGAUUGUAUAAAAAUUACCCUAGAUGCUAAAGAGACUGUACCGUUGCAUGAACCAUCAAUGGAUAUCCAGGGACUCAAGAAAGACCGUAGUUAUAUGGUUAUUGGAGGAACGAAAGGCCUUGGUUUGAACACGGUGUCAUGGCUGGCUACAAGGGGUGCUGGCACCAUCAUUGUUGUGGGAAGGACAGAGCCUUCGAAAAGUACUGUUGCAAACUUCGAAAGUUUGGAAGAAAGACAUGGGACUGAGAUCAAAUUUGUGAAGGCAGAUAUAAGUACGAGAAAAGGAGCCGAAGUUUUAGCGAGGGAGUUAGAAUUUCACACCAGACUAGCAGGUGUCGUAAACAGUGCUGCUGUCAUAGAUGACAAAUUGUUCCAAGAUGUAGAUAGAGACAAUUACCAGAGAGUUAUGCAACCCAAAAUAACUGGUACUCUGAACUUGCACAAUAUACUGGAAAGUCGACACGAGCAGCUGGACUUUUUCGUUCUAUAUUCAUCAAUAACUGCUGUUUUGGGAAACGCUGGACAAAGCUCUUACUCUGCGGCUAAUGCUUUCAUGAACAGCUUUGCAGACUACCGUGCUAAGAUUCUUGGCAAGCCAUGCUUAGCUGUUUGCUGGGGAGCUAUGGGUGGAGGAGGAAUAUUGGAGCGCAAUGUCAAAGUGGCAAUGCUAUUAGAGAAAUCUGGCUUACACUUGCUUGACAUUCCAACAGGCCUCACCUGGAUGGACAAAGUACUCUCGCAAAUGCCUCAAAAAUCUAACAUGUGCAUAUGUGACAUAGACUGGAGUACGUUUUUAAGAAGUCUUCCAAGCAAAAAGGCAAAUAGUAUAAUUUAUGACGAAAUUCGAAAAGAGCUGCCGGAACAGACGGAAAACAGUGGUAACAUUCUUGAAAUGAUUCUUGCUGAAAAGUCAAAAGAAAAACAACUGGCCAUACUUCUGGGCUAUAUUAAAGGCUGGGUGGCCGCGUGGAUUAGUGGCUCUCCAGAAGAGAUCGACUGCAAUGUCCCAAUGUUCACGUAUGGUAUUGACUCAGUUGGUGCUACAGCUAUUAAAGGGCAAAUUGAGAAAGAUCUGAAAAUCGAUUUUCAAGUUUUCUACUUCAUGCAAGCAGAGACGACAAUAAACAAGCUUGCAGAAGAUCUUCUCAACGCGAUCUAUGAAAAAUUUAUCAAAUGCAGUUCAAACUCUGAUGAUGACGAAGAAGAGGUGGAAGAAGAAAUGGAUGGGGAAAAGGACCAUCUGCACAAGAAAGCGGAUGAAGAUGAAGACAGGCUCAUCCUACCCAAGGAUUAUUUAUCUGUUAUCUACAAAUCCGAAAACUCACCAGCAAAUAUGUUCAUAGUUCACCCAUCUCACAGAUAUUCUGGAGUGUUUCAAGUUCUUGGCAUGGGAAUGAGAUAUCAGAAAAUAUUCUCCCUUUAUGCUUUUGGGUGGACUGAGCCUUCUAUUAUUGGAGAAGACAUUGGUUCAGUGAAAAGGCUCGCGAAAGCGUGCAUUAAGCUAAUGCUGGAAGUACAACCAUACGGCCCAUAUUUCUUAGGUGGUUAUUCCUUUGGGGGUCUUGUCUCCCUAGAAAUGGCAUCAAUCUUGAAAGGUUUGGGCAAAGAUGUAGCUUUGGUCAUAAUGAUUGACACAGUCAGGUGGUUGCCAUCAGGAAGAAAUAACUCCCAGUUGCUAGUGGAUAUGAUUGACACAGAGUUUGUAACCGAAGAACACAUACAGGAACAAAUGAAGAAUUUUUUCUGCAAAAUUGCUACAAGGAAGCUUCAAAUGACUUUAGAAGAGUAUGAAAGUUUCAGAGUGGACAAAUCCUUCAGCGAAGUAAAGGAUUUUUUCAAUACAAGAGCAAAGGAACUGGCAAUCGAUAUCCCAGAUGUUGAUAGAAUUUUAGAAUCGACGACAUUCGACCAGCAGAUGUCUUCUAGAUGUCACAAAGAGUGGGUACCGGGGGACCUGUAUGAUGGCGAUAUACUGUAUUUAGAGGCAGAGGAUGAUACAUACUGUAAAAGUAUUGUAGGAGUUGGCAAGUCUGUAGAAUGCUGGGCCUCUGUUCUUCAUAAAAUGCCCGUUUGUAUAACAUGCCCAGGAGAUCAUUAUUCUAUGAUGGAUGCAAGCAGAGGACCAGAGAUAGGGAAAUUGUUCUCGGUUGCAGCUAUGCUCAAAUUCAGACGUUUGUUUCCAAGUAGUGGUCGAAUAUUACUAAACAGUCGUCAAAAGUCAUCUUUGGAAGACUUCAAGAAAUAUGGCAUGGAAACUAUUCUCAUCAAAAAGAAAUUUGGAAGAGAAACUGCUGUGCCGGGAAAGCUGAAGCUUAGCAAAUCCAGCAAAAAAUUGAAGUUCAUUAGCAGCGGCAAAAUGUUCCGAGAAAAGCUUCAAAUGAUUGAUGUUGUCAACAUUACAAAAUUGGAGACACAUUCGUUGCUUGCAAAGGAAAAAAGAGUCAGCAACAUUGACCAGUAUGAUAUGUUUGCUGGCAUAAGUUUCAUUAAAAAGGAUCGCUGCAAAUUCAAGCUCAUGUGUUUGAAUCCCCAACAUUACAGACGGCUUAUUUGCUUGAUGGAAGCUGUUUUUGGUCUUAAAUUGCCGUUUUAAUUUCAGCAGAAAAGGUUUUAUUGCACAAACAAGCAGCUAGAGUAUCACGCUGUGUUGCAGGGUCAAAACAGCGAAUAUCUGCUUGAAAACUUUAGAGCACUGCACUUUUGAUAUCUAUUAGAAAGACUAUUGAUUAAAUCUACUGUUACUUCUUCUCGAGUAAACGGUUGAUCAUUUGAUCUAAUUGCUGACAAUGUGAAUUUCAUAUUUCUAUUGCUGAACUUAGUUUCUGUAAUCCAUUUACAUUGCUAGGAAUUUUACGCAACACCCUUCUACAAACAAGCCACCUUUUUGUUUUGUGGGCUUUUUUUCCAUGCUGCAAUGCUCGUGCAUAUAGAAAUUCUUUAAGUUCGAGUGCAGCUGUGACCUUGCAGCUUUUUCCCUUCUCAUUAAGUUAAUUUGGCUUGAACUGACAGUAAUUUUGUUUGUGAUACACGGUAUUGAAAACAACUCGCAGUAGGGAAAACAACAGUAAAUGCUUAAGUACAUAUUUACAUUCAAAUGCAAAAAACAGCACCUUCUACUACCACCAGGGCUCACAUCAGAGGAUCUUUACCUUACAAACUAGUGAGAAAAUUCCCCUAGUAGACCCUUCUAAGUGUGGCGUAAGUGCACUUUUGUCCAAAAUUGCUUCCAAAAUUGAUUUUAAUGAAUCUUUGUUUACUAUUCGUUUGUGCUUUCUUGCUUGUGCUUGAUUUGAAUUUUUGCAACAUACUUGUUUUCAGCAUCACCCACCAGUAGAAAUUCCUUAAAAGAUCCCCUGAUUGCCCUCAUUACUUUCAGGCCCACUGACAUACGAAUUUUUGGCUUCAAAAUACGAAGACUAUCAGAUACGAAAUGCAUUAUGACAUGAAAUUUACAUAGUCACCAGAAACUAAAUUUACUUUACUUGCUCAAAACCAUGUAUCAUUUUGAUUUUUUGCUAUCAGUAUAUAAUGUA